AUGUACAACACUAGUUCCGAUAUUUGGGUUGCAGGCGCAUUUGCGGCAGUUGUAGUCGAUUUUGUGGCCUACCCCAUCGACACCCUCAAGACCCGUGUUCAAUCACCAAACUAUGAGAAGGUUUACAAAGAUGCACGCACAGGAGCAGUGCAGCGCAAUGUACUCUUUAGAGGACUGUAUCAAGGUGUCUGGAGUGUGGUUUUCUCGACGAUUCCAGCUUCCGGUGCAUUCUUUACCACAUACGAAGCUGUGAAAAACAUUAUGUAUAACUCCUCAACAAGUAAUCCCACUAGCAUGACAGGUGGAAAGAGAACCGCUCCAGAAGGUUCUUUGAACAGUCUUCGCUUGCCUUUUACACAUUCCCUCCCUACUCCCAUUAUGCAUGGAAUAGCCUCUUCAACGGCGGAGAUGGUAUCAUGUCUCAUGCUCACGCCGGCAGAGGUACUUAAACAGAAUGCGCAGAUGAUUCAAGGUCGCCAAACAAACAAGUCCGCCAUGGGACAGGUACUACUGCGAUUCCGACGUCAUCCUUGGCGUCUAUGGAGUGGGUAUACGGCACUGGUCGGUCGAAACCUGCCAACUACAGCUUUACAAUUUCCCCUAUUUGAGUACGUACGAUCAAAUCUGAUUGACCGCUGGAGGCGACGCAAAGCGAGUCGCAGCCAUACCGGGCAACCACCAUCGGAACAGUCAGAGCAACUAGUCGAACGGGCCGGCUUGACGGGUAUAGCUGGGGCAAUUUCGGGAACAGUUGCGGCGACUGUGACCACCCCGAUCGACGUUAUCAAGACCCGUGUCAUGCUUUCGGCAAGUGAUGCUGGUGCUGGUUCACAAGAUCAAAGUACUAAGGCUGGUGCUCCUGGGCGUGGAGCAGUAUCUUUGGAGAGGCAAACCAAGAUCAACACGGGUAAAUCUCUCAUUUCUGUUGGUCGUAAAGUCAUAAGUCACGAGGGCAUCCGUGGGUUGUUCAAGGGUGGACUGAUACGGGCCGGUUGGACGGCGAUUGCAUUAGGCAUGUAUCUCAGCCUGUAUGAAGGAGGCCGGUUUUAUUUGGAGAAUCGGCGGAAGGAGCGGGACCGUAUCAAUGGGAAACUCGCAAAGCAAACCGACGAAGGAGAGGAAGUCAUCUAG